ACGGCAGAUGACCCUCCUCCGCUGCGACUGUGGCUGCUUCCCUGCUGCCGGCUGAAAGGUCUGGCUCCUCUCUGCCUGCCUGCGCGGAGCGCUGCCCUCCCGCGCCAACCGCCCCGGAGUGAAACUCUUCAUGCUGCCAACAUGUGGAGCUCCCCGGGGCCCGUGUCGGCAUUGGUGAUGCUGGUUGUUACCGCCGUGCAUGCAGGAGUGAAGGUGACCCCAGCUGUGAAGUACACGAAGACGAAGCCCUUGCAGCUGCUGGGCGAUGACUACACACUCGACUCAGCCGAUUUCUUCUUCAACUGCUGUGACUGCUGCCCGCCUGCCACAGGGCCCCGGGGGCAGCCGGGGGAGCAGGGACCUCCAGGUCCCAAGGGGGAGAAGGGAGAUGCUGGUCUGCAAGGUCUGCCAGGAACCCCAGGUCUUCAAGGUCCAAAAGGUUCUAAAGGAGAAAGAGGAGGCAAAGGGGAGCAAGGCGAGCGAGGAGUAAGUGGCAACCCCGGUUAUCCAGGCAAACCUGGGCUGCAAGGUGAAGCUGGAGUAAAAGGCAAUAAGGGCAACUAUGGCUUCCCUGGACUGAAGGGACAAAAGGGGUCCAAAGGGGACACUUGUGAGAACGGGACCAAAGGAGACAAGGGAGAUAGGGGGGAUGCUGGAGACCCGGGAGUGGACGGAGAACAGGGUGACAAAGGGGAAAAGGGAGACACAGGGUCAAAGGGGUACUGUGGGGAGCCAGGGGGGAGAGGGGCAAAGGGAGAAAGAGGGGAAGGGGGGACAAAGGGAGAAAAAGGGAGCAAAGGGGAGAUGGGGUUUGAGGGCAUUCAGGGGGUGGAUGGAAAACAGGGAGAAAAGGGUGAGCAAGGAAGUAAGGGUGAAAAGGGGGACCUGGGACCCACCGGCAUGACGGGACCUUCUGGGCCCAAGGGUGUUGCCGGCAGCAAGGGAGGCCGAGGGACCCCGGGAAAGAAAGGCUCCCGUGGGGCAAAGGGUGCCCGAGGGGAUACCACAAAGGUCCUGCGAUCAGCGUUCAGCGCCGGCUUGUCCAAGCCCUUCCCUCCGCCCAACGUCCCCAUUAGAUUUGACAAGAUCUUGUACAACGACCAAGAAGAUUACAACCCUUCCACGGGGAAAUUCAACUGCAGCGUGCCCGGGGCAUACGUCUUCGCCUACCACCUGACAGUGAGAGGGCGUCCGGCCCGCGUCAGCCUCGUUGCCCGCAGCAGGAAGGUGGCCAAAGCCCGUGAGACACUCUACGGCCAAGAGAUUGACCAGGCAUCCUUCCUGACCAUCCUGAAGCUGAGCGCGGGCGACCAGGUGUGGCUGGAGGUUGCACGGGACUGGAACGGGGUCUACGUCAGCGCUGAGGAUGACAGUGUCUUUACAGGGUUUCUUCUGUAUCCAGAUGUUUUUGAGGUCCUGCUAUAG